GAAAGAGGAAAGAGGAAAGCGGAAAGAGGAAAUAGGAAGGAGGAAGGAGGAAAGAGGAAAGAGGAAAGAGGAAAGAGGAAAAAGGAAAAAGGAAAGAGGAAAGCGGAAAGAGGAAAGAGGAAGCUGAGAAAAGCUCCAAGUGUCAUUAAACAUGGUUUCGUUUUCUGAGCCCAGCGUAAAUCAAAAGCUAGACUUGAGAUCUGUAAAGCAUUUCAGGAUCGCUUGACUUUUCUUAAUCGACAUAUGAUAGUUUGGAUUGGUAGGGAUUCUUAGAUAAGAUUCUUAGAUAAGUCGAUAAGUAGAUAAGUCGAAUUUAUUUACUUCUUACAUAAGUCGAAAAUUAAUUUAGUGAAAAUACCAGACUGCCGGUCAUAUAACCACAGCGUUUCAAAAUACUAAAUGACCGGGAGUCCUGUCUUUUCAGUAAAUUUCACAAAUCGAAAAAAAUCUAGCUUAACCAAACUAUCAUAUGUCCAGUAAGAAAAGUCAAGCGAUCCUGAAAUGCUUUAUAGAUCUCAAGAAUAGCGUUUGGUUCACGCUGGGCUCAGAAGACAAAACUAUGGUUCGUGACACUUAGAACUUUUUUCAGCUCGACUGCCGGUCAAGGUUUUCAAACUGGCUCUAAAUGACCCUCAGUCCCAUAUUCUCCAUAAAUUUCACAAAUCGAAAUAAUCCAGCUAAACCAAACUAUCAUAUGUCGAUUAACAAAAGUACAGCGAAAUGUACUGAAUAUAGGACUGCCGGCCAUUUAGGGUUUUGAAAACCUUGACGUGCAGUCGAGCUGAAAAAAGUUGUAAGUGUCACAAAACAUGGUUUCGUCUUCUGAGCCCAGCGCAAACCAAACACUAGACUUGAGACUCUUUAAGGCAUUUCAGGAUCGCUUGACUUGUCUUAAUCGACGUAUGAUAGUUUAG